AUGGCAACCAUCAGCAUCCGCGCUUCUCCUUCUCCCUCCCAACCACCACCGCCACCUCCUCCGCCGUCAACUCCCUCCGUCAUCACCCCAACCUUCACGGAGCAAAAAUGGCGCAACCACACAAGAGAAAACGUGAAGCUCGACCUCGACAGCAUCAUCCAAACUUUGCUCUGCGCCGUCCAGGUCCCCGACCACCUCCGACAGACAAAGCCCGAAGCCUACACCCCGCAGCUCAUCGCUCUGGGCCCGUUCCACCACUUCCGGCCCGAGCUCUACCAGAUCGAGCCCCUCAAGCUCGCCACCGCCAAGCGGGCCCUCCAGAGGUUCAACCUCAGCGGAGUCAACGGGCUCGAAGGCUUCGUCUCCGAGGUGGGCCGCGGCUCCGGCCUCCUCCCUCGCAUCCAGGCCUACUACGGCCGCCACCUCGACGUGGAGGACGAGACCCUGGCCUGGAUCGUCGCCAUCGACGUCCUCUUCCUCGUCGAGGUGCUCCACAACGAGGAGAUCCUCAUCUCGUCGUUCGCGCCCUGCUUCUUCGAUUCCUUGAAGAGGAAGCUCUCUCCCCACGCGAUCUUCGGGGACCUGAUCCUGCUCGAGAAUCAGGUCCCCUUGUUCUUAAUCGCCGACCUGAUCCAACAGCUCGCUGCCGCCAAGGAUGGCGGUGACGAUAACAAUAGUAUUGAUGUUGGGGAUGAGCUGUCGAGGAGGUUGGACGUGAUCUGUCACCUGCUGUCGCCUCUCCAGCUGCCGGAGGGGAGGUUCCCGACUUACUUCCGGCGGAGGCAUCUGUUGGAUCGGCUCUACCUCCUCAUCACCCGAGGGGAGCACGAGGCUGCGGCGGGGGCGGGUGGCGGCGGCGGUGGAAAUAGUAGUAGUAGUAAUAGUAAUGUUCGAGCUCCGACCUCCGUGGGGAUUCUACAGCGGAUUGCGUCCGGUCUUCUGAAAAAGGUCGAAGAUGCUCGGAACAGUUAUUACGGCGGGGCCGUCGUGACCGACGGCGAGAAGGACGCGGUUGCGGGGAGCAUAUUGGCCCGGGUGCUGAAAAAGGAAGGAGGAGGGGAUCAGGACGACGACGACGACGGAAGUAGUUUGGUUUUUGCCAAGGCCGCCAGAGCGAGGAUGGAGCGUGGCAAUCAACGGAGUUUUAUUGGGGUGGAUGAAGAACGUGAGAACUUUCUGGUGAGGGUGUUGCAGAAUGUGACGUCGCUUGAAAUUGGGCCGGAUGAGAACGUUGCUAAUGAUUUCCAGACUUUUGCCCAAGAGCAAGGGAAAAUGCCAAUGACGGGAAUCUUCCAAGUGUUCACAAUGAUCAACAAAGCCCUGGAAGACGACAGGUGCAUUAUCCCUUCCGCCUGCCAGCUUAAGAAGGUCAACAUCAAGGUCACCCAGCUCACCAGCCCGACCACCGCCGGCCGAACCGCCGGGAGCCUCUGCUCCACCCGGUUCGACCCAAAAUCCAAAACCCUCCACCUCCCGACCUUCACGUGGAACCCAAACUCUGAGGUGGUGAUGCGCAACCUCGUCGCCUACGAGGCCACCGCGAAAUCCAGCUCCUUAGUCCUCACCCGCUACACCGAGCUCAUGCACGGCCUCGUCCGCACCGCCGAGGACGUGCAGGAGCUCAGGAAGGAAGGCGUCGUCAUCGCGGCCGCCGUCGACGACGCCACGCUGGUGGAGAUGUUCGGUGGGAUGGGGCUGUCGAGCAGCUACCCGAAGGGGAGCACGAUUCUGGACGGAAGCGUGGCGGCCAUCAAUCAGUAUUAUAACAAGCAGCUGAAGAUUCUGCUGAUGAGGCUGUUCAAGAAGUAUGCCAAGGUCACGGUUAAGUAUUUGGUGGUGGUGGCGGGUUUGUUGUUGGUGAUGGUGUUGUUCAUCCAGGCAUGGUGCAGUGUUUACAGGUGUCCUGGUGCAGUUCAUUCGAGGGUUGUGCAUAAUGUCGUUGGU